AUGCCUCCAUGGUCCUCACGCCUGCUGUCCGGCGGCAGCUCGAGCAGCACCCCCAACAACAUCACCAGUACCACACCCACCCGCCACCCCUCCAACUCCGCCGCCAUCCAGCGCGACAAGCAGCUCCCGCGACCGCCGCAAGAAAACCUCGAUCCGCCCACGCUCGACCCAGACCGCAUUCCUGCAUCGCCGACCAGGCCACGUGCUGGGGGCACACGACAGCAUACCCAUAGCCGCUCCGCGAGCAACCCUUUGCCCAAGCUAUUCGGGCGCAAGAAGAGCAACCAGCAGCUCGGCAGUUUCAACGACACCGAUGUCCCUCUCGACGAUGACUUGGUCCCUGUGCUGGACGAGGCAUCCAACCCGGCACCAAGCAGAGUCAUAUCUGGCAAGAAGGGAAAGAUCGACGAGGAUGACAAGGCGAUGAGGAAGUGCAUGUGCUGCGAUAGCCGCGUGCGAGUGCCAAGAGAUCUAAGCAAGUUCAGGUGCAUGUGUUGCUUGACCAUCAACGAUCUCAAGCCGGUUGAAGAGCAGUCUGGGACCGACAAGGACCGGCCACAGGUCAAGCGAGCAGGUACAUAUCCAGGAAAACUGGCGCCGGGCGUCAAGUUCCCAUUAUCGAUUGAACACACGAGAGCAUUGAUCGAUCGAUGCGUGCUCAACUAUCUCGAGGCGAGAUGUAGGAAAGAAGACCAGAUAUACCCCGGGCAAAGAGUAGCUUCGCCGAAAGAGGAGAAAGACGACGUUUUCCAGACAUGGCAGCAGGCAUCAGAACUCCCAGUAUCUACGCACGAGGAGGAGCACACUGCCAGACGUCUUGAAGAUCCACCCGUCUCAUCAUCGCCUCCAGACACACCGCAUGAUGCAGAAGCAGCAGCUUCAACAGUUGCAACUAUUCGCGACAUCAAUGAGCUUAAUAAGUUCUCUGGGAUGCGAAUCGAUACACCACCUCCUGAGCACUUUCACAACCCACCCGGCGGAGCUGUCUCCCAAGGACUACCGUCUCGAAAGCCAGUGCCGAUACCUGCCAGACCCUCUCGCAGGCCGCCCCCGCCUCCAGUGCCAAUUGCUAACCGACGUCCUUCGCAGAGACUGCUACCGAGCGGUAGUCUGACGCCGACUGGCCCCAAUUCACCACAUCCUCAGAUGAGUCCCAGAUUUACAGCGCAAGAAAUGGAGGAGCGACGGUACCAAGCUCGUGUGAAGACGAUCUUUAGGCCGCUUGAAGAAUAUCUGAUUGCAAACUUUGGCGACUACCAAUGUAUCAACAAAUCAUUCAGCACUUUGCGAGUACCAACGGCGGGCCGAACACGCAGUGAAAGCAACAUUGUGACCCCACCGCCAGAGCCAACUGGAGAAUACCAUCCGAGUCCUGUAGAUGGAUUAUCUGAACUGGACGCUAAAACUUUGCUGUUAGGAGACAUUGGUGAGAAUGGUUCUUGGUGGACGGGCAAACUUGGGCGCGAUCGGGCAGAUAAGACAGUCCGGAGGAAGAGGGUCGGCGAAGGUUCCAAAAAAGCAGUCUCAUCGAAGUCCGCCAACAUCAAUUGGAAGGAAGUGGAUACUUGGUACGAGUUUAUUCAUACAGCUGGACACGAUUGGCAGACGAAGGUCACCCUUGUGCGAGCCGACGAACCUACAUUCGACAGAUCAGAUCUACAAGGGGACAUCAACUUCGAAGAGAUUGAAGACGAGCUCGCAGAAGGCAGAGAACAUGCCGUGCGGACUCUGCUUAAGAUAACAGAGAAUCUACUGAAACGGCCAUCAAGGCCGCUCAAGGAGCCCGAAGACAUGAGGUUCCUCCUCAUCUUGAUAUCGAAUCCAUCGCUUUAUCCAGGCAGUAAACCAUACCGAGCUCUGUCUACCAACAACCGCCCUGCUGGAAGAUCACUAUCUGGCAAAGCAAACGGGAAAAUGCAAGCAAGCCCAUUGUCUCCGAGGAAAUCGUCUGGACGGGAGGGAAGCCAGCACAAUGGUCUGUUGAAACGCAUCUUUGGGCUCAUUGCACAUUCGUCAGAUUCUUGCCAUCGAUACUUGGUGAACUGGUUCGCGCGCUUCGAAGAGACACACUUUGUCAAGACGGUAGACUUGGUGGCCAGUUUCGUCAAUCACAGAAUAGCUCGCAGGGCGGGCCGUCCUCAUAGGAAGAGUGGUGGCAUCAACGACGGCGGGCUCAUUCCAGACCUGUCUGGCUCGGCCAUGAAUACCUCUGCACAGCUACACUCAGCGAUGGGCCUGAGCGGUUCAUUGAAGAAAGGACCUGACAACCCGAGCGGAGAGCCUGACUGGGCGUCUGACUGGCAGAUCAAGGCGGCGGCCAAAGUCAUGUCUCUACUCUUCGCUGCCAACAACAUCUGGCAAGGCCAACCGCGCGAGAUUGGACAACGAAUAGACUCCGGCUUCUCAUCAGCACACCAAGCCAAGGCUAAACGGAGUGGUCAGCUGCUGCAUACCUCCAGCUUCUACAAUACACUCCUCGACUACCAGGAUAUGAUUGCCGAUUUCAAAAUCUGGGAGACGAGGCGCGAUAAGUUUGCGUUUUGCCAGUACCCGCUGUUCCUGUCCAUGGGCACGAAGAUCAAGAUCCUCGAGUAUGAUGCCCGUCGGCAGAUGGAGAUCAAGGCACGAGAGGCGUACUUUGACCAGGUCAUCCAACAAAGAGCCAUCGAUGGGAACUUUCAUCUCCGCGUUCGUCGUGAGUGCAUGGUCGAUGACAGUCUUCGCCAGAUCAGUUCUGCAGUUGGCGCCGGCCAAGAAGAGCUGAAGAAGGGGCUGCGAGUUCACUUUACAGGAGAAGAGGGCGUUGAUGCUGGAGGGCCUCGAAAGGAGUGGUUCUUGAUGCUGGUGCGCGACAUCUUCGAUCCGAACCAUGGUAUGUUUGUCUACGACGACGAAUCGCAAACGUGCUACUUCAACGCCCACUCUUUCGAGACGUCGGAUCAAUUCUACCUGGUCGGUGCGUUACUGGGACUGGCCAUCUACAACAGCACCAUUCUCGACGUCGCCUUCCCGCCUUUCGCCUUCCGCAAACUCCUCGCAGCUGCGCCAUCUUCCAUCGCCAACACCUCCAACGUCUCCUCCCUCACCGGCACCAAAGGACAAAUGACCUACACCAUCUCCGACCUAGCUGAAUUCCGCCCCUCCCUCGCCGCAGGCCUCCAACAACUCCUCGACUUCGAAGGCGACGUCGAAGCCACCUACUGCCGGGACUUCGUCGCCCCAGUCGAACGCUACGGCACCGUCAUCGACAUCCCCAUCAUCCCCAACGGCGAAAACACCCCCGUGACCAACGCCAACCGCCACGACUUCGUCGACGCCUACGUGCGCUACCUCCUCGACACGGCCGUGUCGCGGCAAUUCGAGCCCUUCAAACGCGGCUUCUUCACCGUCUGCGCCGGCAACGCCCUCUCCCUCUUCCGCGCCGAGGAAAUCGAACUCCUGAUCCGCGGCAGCGACGAGGCCCUCGAUGUCGACUCGCUCCGCGCCGUCGCCACGUACGAGAACUGGAAACAUUUCCAACCGCCACAUUCCCUCGUGCCGAACCCGGCGGAUAACGUCCUCGUGGUGGUGUGGUUCUGGGAGCUCUUCGCCGAGGCGACACCGGAGAAGCAGCGGAAAUUGCUGACGUUCAUCACGGGCACGGAUCGGAUCCCCGCUGUGGGCGCCACGAGUCUGGUGUUGAGGAUCGUGGCGGGCGGGGAUGGAUGGGGUGGAGGGGGCGAGGAGGAGAGGAUGCGGUUUCCCGUGGCGAGGACGUGUUUUAAUAUGUUGGUGCUGUGGAGGUAUGAUUAUCGGGAGCAGUUGGAGGAGAGGCUUUGGAGGGCGGUGGAGGAGAGUGAGGGGUUUGGGUUGAAGUGA